AGUCAGCGCUCAGGGACAGACUGACCCACACUGCUCUGCAGAAAGCUCCGGCUGCAGCUCUUUAAUCCGAACCGGAGUCCUAACAGUUUCCACCGAACCGCUGCCAGAGAGGAGCGCUCUUUCCCAGAACUGGAACCGAACAGGUGACCUGUGCCAUGCAGUUCUGAUCCGGUUCGGACCUUUGGAUGAGUCCAGAGCUGCAGCUGAGCGUCGCCGUGCAGCAGGAUGAACGGAUCCGAUCCUCCAGUUCUGAACGUCUUCAACUCGCACAUCAACGGACACAGAUCUGCGUCUCCGGAUCCUCCCAGAAACAAAGCCAAGAGUGGUGCCAAAGUUCUGUACGAACAAAGGAAGAACUACACCAGAACCAGCAUCAACAGCCUGACGGACACGUCCCAGUACCACGUGGAGCACCUGACCACCUUCGUGUUGGACCGGAAGGAUGGGAUGAUCACCGUGGACGACGGCGUCCGACGUCUGCGCCUGCUGGACGCCAAAGGCAAGGUGUGGACUCAGGAGAUGCUGCUGCAGGUGGAGGACAAGGCGGUGAGCCUCAUCGACCCGGAUUCUCAGAACGAGUUGGAGAACUUCUCCAUCCUGUCAGUGCAGCACUGCCAGGCAGUGAUGAACUCCUGCAGCUACGACUCCAUCCUGGCUCUGGUGUGCAAAGACUCCGGUCAGAGCAAAGCAGACCUGCACCUGUUCCAGUGUGACGACAUCAAGGCGAAUCUGAUCCACUUAGAUAUAGAAAGUGCCAUGAUCGAUGCCAAAGGCGGCAAAGUGAAGAAACGACCGGAGGCUCUGAAGAUGAUCCUGAAGAGCGACGGCAUGAUCCCGCCUCCCCCACCAAACCCCGCCCCCGAGGCGCCUGCAGCGUCCAAUCAGGUGGAGCCUAGGGGCCGCGUAGCCGCGUGGUCGGCUUGGGCCAAUGAGCAGCAACACUACGAGCAGCAGCAGCUGCCGCAGGACGGCGGCGCCGCGGACGUGACGGCGCUGCUAGUGGACCGAGACGUGCAAAUCCUGAACCACAUCCUGGACGACAUCGAGUUCUUCGUCACCAAGCUGCAGAAGGCGGCCGAGGCCUUCAGCGAGCUCUCCAAGAGGAAGAAGGCCAAGAAAGGCAAGAAGAAAGGUCCAGGAGAGGGCGUCCUGUCUCUGCGGUCCAAGCCGCCCAGCGAGGAAGAGUUCGUGGACUGCCUGCAGAAGUUCAAGCAUGCCUUCAACCAGCUGGCGAAGCUGAAGGACCAGAUCCAGAACCCGAGCUCCGUGGAUCUGGUCCACUUCCUGUUCACGCCUCUCAGGAUGGUGGUCCAGGCGUCCGGCGGUACCGAUCUGGCUCGGAGCGUCGUGGUUCCGCUGCUCACCAGAGACGCCAUCGACUUCCUGCACGCCUCAGGAACCGCAGAGGAACGUCACCUCUGGGUGACUCUGGGAGACGGCUGGACCAAAUGCAGGCUGGAGUGGCCGAAGGACCACUACUUUCCGUCCUGCGCGCUGCGGUUCCGUGACGGCUGGGAACCUCCGGCGGUUCCGGCCGUGACUCCGGCUCGGGAACAGGAGCUCCAGCGGCUGGCGGAGAACCUGGUGAACGCGGACGUCCACAGGUCGGCCGAUCUGCGGCCGUCUCAGGAGCAGGGGGCGCUGCAGCGGUUCCCUCCGGCUGAUGGGUACGCCCUCUCUAGCUCCUCCCACAAACGCUGCCAGGUUCUGGACCAGGACGCGGCCGUGGCUGCGUUCAAACACGUCGUCAGCCGGCGUGUGGACCGGAGUUUGGAUCCAGAAAACCGGUUUGAACCGAAAGUUUUUGCCAAAUCGAAGUACGACUUUGUGGGGAGAAACAACACGGAGCUGUCUGUCCUCAAAGACGAACUCGUCGAGGUGCUGGACGACAGGAAGCAGUGGUGGAAGGUUCAGAACGGCUGCGGCGCCAGCGGCUACGUGCCAAACAACAUCCUGGAGCUCACCAGAGCCGUGGACGUGUCGGGCCGUGGAGAUCCCGUCUACAGCCACACCAUCCAGCUUAUGAUGCCAAAGAAGGAGUUUGAGUUGUUUAAGCAGCAGUUACUGGGAGAGUUAAACGAGAAGCAGACCACCAAGUCGGACCCUCCUCCAGGGAAACCUUCAGCCAGCCGGAUGUCCGAGGUUCCGUCACCGCCCCCCCCCGCCCCCCACAGGCUGCCCACGCCGCCGCUGCCUCCGCCGGCAGCAGAACCCAGCAGCGCCACCGUCAGUCGGCACAACAGCAGCACGUCCAGCGAGGCCGGCGCCGUGAAGGAAGCGGGCGGACAGCGAGCCGCGGCAGCUGCAGGACGCAGGAAGUCCAACAUGGAGGAGGUCCAGGACGAGCUGGUCCACAGGCUGACUCUGGGACGCAGCACCCAGAAGAAGUUCCAGGUUCCUUCACGCAGCGACAGCGGCAGCCUGCCGGCGCCGAGCAUCACCUACGAUUCCUCUCCAGACGAAGUGAAAGCCUGGCUGGAGGCCAAAGGCUUCAGCCCAGUAACCAUCAGCAGCCUGGGCGUUCUGACCGGAGCCCAGCUCUUCUCCCUCAACAAGGAGGAGCUGAAGACGGUUUGUCCCGAUGACGGAGCGCGGGUCUUCAGUCAGGUGACCGUGCAGAAGGCGGCGCUGGAGGUUUUCUUCUGAGCCUCCUCUGAUCUUCUGACUGUCUCUCAGCAUUCCUUCAGGUAUCGUUUCACCUCAGCACCUGCACGGCCCGGUUCUGUUGGCCAGAACCUCAUUACAUCCCAUCCACCUCCAUUCAGGACCAUUCUGCGGCUCCCAUGGACUAAAUUAAACAGAACUUUGAUGCUCGGUUAUAAAAAGCAACCCGAGCCGAACCGGUUCAGGAGCUGCAGCAGGUCCGGUUCCGUGAACAGGAAAGGAUUUUAUGUUGAACCCAGAAUCAGAACCUCGCCUCACUUCAGGAACCACCGUUAGCCUUCGGCUGACCCGGUUCCUGCUUGUCUCGUAUUUCUACCUCAACCUGAGGUCCGAUCAGAACCCGAUGGUCUUAGAGACACAGUUUUAUCUACUGACUCAGACCAGCAGAACCUUUUUGGACCAACAAGAUCCAUUUCCCCGGGCUUCUCCAUCUUUACCUGACUUAAUCGCUUGAUUUUGGACCUUUUUGACACAGAUGUUCUGUUAGAACCCAAGGUCCGGCUCAGUAAGUCUCACGGACCCUUAAAAGUCUUGGUUCUGACCAGCAUCAUCUCCACUCUAAGCCAGUUGAUACCGGUUCUGAUUCUUCCUGAAUCUUUGUUCUCUAAUCGGACACCAGCAGGUGUUCUUCACCCAGAACUCACCUGUUGGCCAGGUGUUCAGUUCUGGAUCCUCACACGUCUUUCUUAAGACCCGAAGUCUGUGUGUUCUGGGCGGUUCUGGAGCCGGGACCAGAAGCCGGGACCAGAAGUCCCCAGGUGGUUCCGUGUUGACCGUCCCCACAUGGACCCGACUCAUUCAGACCUAAAUGGAUCUGGCCAUCAGAACCGGUCCUGAGGAGUUUUCUGUUUAGCAGCAUCUAGCUUAGCGGCGGUUUGUCCUCCAUCCCUGCACUUCCUCUUCCUCUUCCUCCUCCUCCUCCUCUUCCUCCUCGUAGAGAACAGGAAGUAGAUCUGUUCUGGAACCUCCAUGUGUGUUUGGUCUGUUUUGGACCGGGUAAGUAUGAGUUACGGGUCUAAGGUUCUGUUUUGGGUCACCUGGAGAACGGUGGACCUGCAGCUGGCUGCACAAACAUCAGAGGUGUCAGGCGGUCGGGGGAACACCUCCAAACAACCAAGGCGCUUUCUGGAUCAGAACCUGGAUCAGAACCUUCUAAAGGUUUUACCAUCAGGACCUUUUAACGCUCCAACCACAAACCUCAAAGCAUUUAUUGGGCUUUUAUCUGCCAGAAUCUCCUGGUCUGGAUCAGAAUCUGUGGUCUGGGGAACCGGGAGCAGAUGUUUGUGCACUCAGCUGUUACCCAGCAUGCCUCCUGAUUCCCACCACGCUGUAGAUGUUCUCACCAUGACGCUUCCAGCAGCAGCAGCAGGUUGGCUGAGGCCGGCUGGAGCCUCUGGCUGAGUUUACAUGGAGUUGAGAUCUUCAGGAGGACGCCAUCUAAGCACAGCCAAGUGCUAACAGAAGAUGUUCCUGAGAAAUCUUCUGCUUCCCAGAGGAUAAAAAUGCUCCGUAGGACUCAGAGGCGCUCAGUUGCUUUAGGAGCAGCGACGUUCACAGAGGUCUGCGGGAGACUCUCAGGGGGGACCAGAACUGAUUAGAACCAGGAGAGGUUCCUGGUGCUUCACUGUCAGUAGCUCUAGAGUCAAGACAUGACUUAAGCAGAACCUGUUUGACGACACAAGGCUAGGAGAUCUGAAAAAGCAAAUCCUCCUGAUUUAAACCCGUUUGCUGUUGCGAUGACCCAGAUAAAAGAAUUUGCACAGGCACUCUAGAAAACGGUUACAAAGUCGGAUCUAAGGCUUUGGGGCUCCAGAGACUUAUCAGCAGUUACCAGAAACACCGGGUGUUCCGCUCAGCCUCUCAGGAGGAAGGAGAACCAUGAGUUAAACGUGUGUGUUGGGUUUAAUCCACCAUGAACAUCUCUUGGCUGGAAACACCUGACCUGUGACAGCUUCUACCACCAGGGGUCACUCUCCUCCUGGCCCCCAGCCCAAUACAGCUGCUACAUGCAUCACCAGCAGUCCAAACAUGUUCACAGCGCUCACAAAUACUGUUCUGGGUUUUAAAAGUAAAAGUUUUUCUGACAGCUUUUGUUCAGGAUUGGGGGCUCGUCCAGGAUCUCACAUCUUGCUGCUGACAAGAAUGUUCCUACAUCCUGAAAAACAGAAAUCCCAACAACUAAAGUUGUUUUCUUGUCUGAUGGACAUUUAUUGCAGGUUUUCUAAUCUGAUGGGAUAUUCCAGAUUCAACCCUUCAUGAGUUGUUUGGGGUUCUUUGACUGAUUAACCAGCAGGAGGCGGACUGGGUCUAUAUGAAUGAGUUAGUUUAAUGUGAAGGUGAUGACAGGUUAUCAGCUCCAGUCAGGCAGAUCCUUCUGACUAACGGGUCUUGAACAGAACUGAUUUCAUGACGAGGUGUCCCUGUGAGAGUCUCCUGAGGUCAGAUCUCCGUGUCCUGCCGGUAUGCGUCUCCUAACCGUCUCUCCUCUCUGUCCUUGUCUUCCUGCACGUCUCCAGAAGAGUUCAGGCUCAGAGCUCCAGGAGAUCAUGAGGAGGCGGCAGGAGAAGCUGGCCGCCAGCACCGUUGACUCUGGGGUGGAGUCUUUUGACG